UCCAAGGGUUCUUUUUUAACCUAAUCGCUAUUAGAAGGUCAAAAGAUGGGGGAACUCACUCACUCUGGUCUAGUAUAUACUUAAUCAGCAAGAUUUUGUUUUCCAAUCAAUCCCACCAACAUGAGUUCCUCUCAUAAACAUUGGUUAAACGUGACUGUUCAUUUUCAAUGUUUUUCUCUUGUAUUGUGUUCAUGUGUCUUGUUCGGCAUAUCCGAAGCCCGAGUUCAGGCUGAAGAAUUAGCCAGGCAAAAGGCUUUGAACACCUCAGUUCAUGCAAUCUUUGUGUUUGGGGACUCGACAUCUGACCCUGGAAACAACAACUACGUAACGACUAUUUUCAAGGGCAAUUUCCCGCCCUACGGGAGAGAUUUUCCAAAUCAAGUCCCAAGCGGAAGGUUUAGCAAUGGACGCCUGGCAAACGACUUCAUUGCUAGUUAUGUGGGUAUCAAAGAGUACGUGCCUCCAUAUUUGGACCCAACACUUAGCAUUGAGGAGCUAAUGACCGGAGUUAGUUUCGCCUCUGCCGCAUCUGGAUUUGACCCACUUACACCCCAAUUAAGUAAUGUAAUCUCGCUGCCAAAGCAACUGGAAUACUUCAAAGAGUAUCAAAAGAGAGUGGAGCUGGUGAUAGGGAGAAAAAGAACAAAAAAUCUGGUAAAAAAUGCUCUGUACAUUGUGAGUGCUGGUACAAAUGACUUUGUUGUCAAUUAUUUUACCGUACCAAUCCGGAGGAAAAGAUACAGUCUCCCAGAUUACAUGGAGUUCUUGUUGCAGCAAGUCCAGCAAUUCAUGCAGGAUUUGUUGGAACAAGGGGCUCGAAGAAUAGGAGUGGUUGGAUUGCCACCAAUGGGUUGCUUGCCUAUAGUUAUUACCGUUAAUUCGGAUAAUGCAAUUCUAAACCGUGGGUGUAUCGAUUUUUUCUCCUUAGUUGCCAUGCAGUACAAUCUAAUGCUCCAAACAAAGCUCAACACCAUACAAUUCAACGUAUCAGCUGAUUCUGGGGUUAGAAUUGUGUACACUGAUGUAUAUGAAUCUCUUUCUGACAUGGUCAUCCAAAGCCUCAAGUAUGAUUUCGAUGAGGUGAGCAGUGGAUGUUGUGGGACAGGCCUACUGGAAACGGCAUUUUUAUGCAAUCCGGAUUCCUAUGUUUGCUCUGAUGCAUCAAAGUACAUGUUUUGGGACUCGAUACAUCCGUCGGAGAAGGCAUACAAGCUCCUCUUUGAGGCCGCUAAGUCUGACAUUGAUUUUCUUAUUGCUGACUAACAUUCCCAACUUAAUGUAUGGCUAGCUGAUUAUGCCUGUGAUUCACGAAUUAAAUGAGCUACAGUUAUUUUGUUUGUUAUAAUUAUCUUGCGCAGUGUUUUCCAA